AUGCUCCUAUCAGGACGAAAUAUAGGUUUGACGGAUGUGCAUGUUGGUAAACUUGUAGUAGGUCUCUCAGAACUCGAAUCUGUACAAUGCCCAGCCAUCAAUCGAACUACUCCUACAAUCUUGUCUGGUAACGCUUUGAUGUCACUGGUCUCAGUACGCCCUGCAACAUCUUCAUCAUUGAAACUUGAAGGGACUGGCAUGCUCUUGUUUGUUGGAGGUAUUGCUUUGGGAUUGUCAAAUGAUUUGGAGGAACAAGACGUUCAACUAGUCAAGAAGAAGCCAGUACCAGUCUUGGAGGCAAAGAUGUCAAGCUCAAACGACCAGGCCAAACGUGCAUUGGCUGUAGUAGCUGCUACCGCUGCUUCCCUGGUUGUGGGUUAUGGACUAGUUCGUCUCUACUAUGCUGAGCACGCAUGGGGAACUCGAAACCGCAAAGGAGAUCAAACUGUUACCAUCUUGCCUGGAGCAAAACCAAUCUAUGGACAUUUGCCAAUGGUUAUCAAUAACAUUCAAAAGAGAUUGGAAUGGAGAUAUGAGCUGUACAAGGAGUAUGGCUUGAAGCCUCUAUUUGUUAGUACUAUUAACCGAAAUGUGAUUAUGACUUUUGACUGGCGAGAUGUCGAACACGUCAUGAAAGAUCCAUACAAGUACAUCAAGGGCGGCAUUGGGUCGGUCUUCUUUUACGAAUUCCUUGGUCACGGUAUCUUUGUUUCCGAUGGUGACGACUGGAAGAUUCAACGAAAGACAGCUUCAAACAUCUUCAACAUCAAAAACUUCCGAGACGAAUUCUGUCCCAUUUUCGAAGAAGAAUCUAAACUACUUGUGUCACAUAUCGAGAAUGCUAGACAAGCUGGUGCUAUUUUUGAUUUGCAAGAUAUCUUGUUGAAGUCUACAAUUGAUUCAUUCGCACUACUGGCCAUGGGAACAUCAGUGGGUGCUAUGAAAGUCAAGGGUGAAGUUCACGAUGGACUGUACAGUUUGCCCGAAGUCACAUUCAUGACUGCAUUCGACAAACUGAACGAGCUAUGCAUUUCUCGCGGCAUUGACCCAAUGUGGAAGGUCACUCAGCGCCUCAACGGCAGAUACGAUAUCAUUCAAGGAUACAAGAAAACCGUAGACGAUUUCUGUCUCCGUGUCAUUGCUGAAAAGAAGGCACAAAGGAAUAAACCAACACAAGUCAAGAGACGAAUGGAUUUGUUAGACUUCUUCUUUGAUAAUGUGCAAGCCGAUGGUGCUGAUUUGAGCGAUGAGUAUUUGAGAGAUGUUAUUAUGAACUUCAUCAUCGCAGGCCGUGAUACAACGGCCCAAACACUCUCAUGGGCAUUCUGGCGACUCGCCAAAGCACCAGAAAUAAUGAAACAAUUACGUGAAGAAAUUCGUCAAGUGCUUGGCGAUGGUCCUUGCAGCUACGAGCAUUUGAAGGAUUUGAAGUUUGCUAAUGCUGUCUUCCUUGAAGCCUUACGAUUGGAUUGCAACGUCCCCACAUCACGAAAGAUGGCUACUGAAGACGAUUACUUGCCAUCUGGUGCUAAAGUAUACAAGGGUGACUUUGUUGAAUGGAGUUCGUAUGUUAUGGGUAAAGAGACAGAAUUGUGGGGUGAUGACGCCAUGGAGUUCAAGCCUUCUCGAUGGAUCGACCAAGAAGGUCGUCUGGUCAAGAUAAACCAGUACAAGUACCCACAGUUUAACUGUGGCCCACGUAUUUGUCUCGGAAUGAACAUGGCCCAACAAGAAGGAAUGAUAUUCAUGUGCGCAAUCGUUCAAAGGUAUAACCUUGAACUUGUGGGUGAAGAUGAUCCAAAGAAAUGGGGUGUAUGGAAUGAAGAUCCAGCCAAGAGACAAGGACGUUACAACAUUGCUGCAUCACUUGGAAUGAGACACGCAGUGCAUUUCAAAGUCAAUUUGUGGAAGGAUUAA